GUGGGGACCGCCGGCGGAGCUCCCAGCACCUGACCAUGUGGGGUCAAAGAAGCCACUUGCCCGUCCUGUAGCAUCGACGCCGUUCCAGCAGGAACUGAGAGUCGGUGACACGCUUCGCUGGCGCGACCACGCGCGCGGGUGAAACUGGUGGCUCUGACAGGCUAAUCAAGGAGGAGGAGCCGAGCUGACGAUGAAGCUGCACGAGUGGCUGCUGCUGUUGCUGGCCUACGUGCUGUUCCUGCUGGUCGGCGCGGCGUCGUUCUACUUCCUGGAGAGAGAGCAGGAGAAGGACCAGGUGCAGCGCGUGCUUCAGCUCAGGAAGGACAUCCAGGAGGAGCUGAUAGAGGGGGAGAACCGAAGCACGAUGACCCGUCGGGCGGAGCUGCUCGACAGGAUAUCUGGAGAGUGCCGCGUGGACAUCACGAACACCAGCCGACCGCCGGCCACCGUCUGGACCGAGUACAACAGCUUCUUCUUCUGCUUCACCGUCGUCACCACCAUAGGUGAGGCAGUGUCAGUCGUGUCCUAG